CUUUCUAAUGAUUUGGCCAUUACAAUAAAGGCUUUUUAGUAUUUCCUUCCUCAUUUGCACUUUUUUGUGUUUGGAGUGCCUGGUUUUCUCCCCUUUUUUUGACAGUUUUUUCUCCCUGUUUUCCAAGAGCACCCAAUUUUGGUUUACUAUUUAGCACCUUAGUCAUACCAAGCAGCCAGUCAACCCCCCUCCUCUGCAGUAAAAAAUGGUUCAUGGCAUUAAAAUCUGACCUGGUUUACAGAGCUGAAGGUGAAGAUGUGAUCCUCAGACCACCCCCCAUGACUGGUGCUAUCCAACACAUAGAGUGGAAACACAAUAAUAAUAAUACUGCUGCAGAGUGGAGUGGGAAUGAGGUUCACUGCCUUGGCCAGUUUGAAGGUCGUUGUGAGGUGAACACUGAAACUGGAGCGCUGACCGUCAAAGGACUGAAACUGACCGACAGCGGAAACUACACACCAGAAAUAAACGGCGAAGACUUCAGCAAGAUUGAACUCUCUGUUAUCUCUCGUGUAGCUAAACCCUCUGUUAACAUGUCCUGCAACAUUGAGAUGACCAACUGUAACCUGACCUGUGAAGGCAACACUGCAGAUGCUGAACCAAUCACUUAUAAGUGGUUUGUAGAUGAUGUGGAGGGACCUUCAGGCCAGAAGUUCCUUCUAACAGAGUUUUUUACAGAGCACAGUUAUAGAUGUUUGAUGAUGAACCCAGUCAGCAAUGAAACCAGUGAAAGCAUCACAAACCCCGUCUUUAUAUGUGGGAAACCCUUCAUUGAGCAAGAACGGAACUGGCCGGUAUCCAUCCUUGUACCAGUAGCAGUAGUAGGAUUGAUUUUUCUGCUAAUAGUCAUUCUGUUUGCUGUUUUUAUCUACAAACACAUCAGGGAAAGAAGGCAAGGAGCACAAUACGGUACUCUGGAAAAGGAUACAGAAUGGGAGAAAGAAAUAGAAAAGGUGUGAAAUGGAAGAACCAGACUGUAAAGUUGUUCCAGAGAUCAGCGAGACAUUUCCUAUGAUCCAAAAUCUCAGCAAAGGAGCAGGUGUAUAAAAUAUUAUUAAACCAUAUUCUCCCUGAAGAAACACAAGAUUUUUGUUCCCUACAAAGAGAAUCAGCGCUCAGUAAAGAAACCCCCAAUCCAUUACUAUUCAAGUCAACUGUGCAGACAGAUGGGUAGCAAGAAACCAGGACUUCACCAAGGUUGUCAAGUGGGAACCCUCCUUCGUCUGUUUUGUUCAGUUUAUCCAACGAGGCCUCCAGAGAGCUGAACAGUGGAAACAUGUUUAAAACAGUGACAGAGGAAAUGCACUAUUUAGUUCUGAUGUCAAUUAACCACUUUAUAACCACUGUGGCUCGUUUUGUCAACUUUUGAAAGUUUUCUGAUGACAGUUUGAGUGAAUAAAUUUUCUCUUUACUUCAGGUCUCUUUUAUCACUAGUGCAAUUUAUUUUCUCAACAGCAAUUAGCCCUUAGGUUUGCUCCUGUUCUUCUUGCACUAUUAUUACUCAUUUGCACAUUCACACAUUGCACUUUUUGCAUUACCUGGUAGUAAUUUUCCAUUUUUGGUAUGAGCUCUAGACUAAAACCUGGUAAUUUUCUGUAUGUGUGUGGUGUUUCUUAUAUUGUGCUGUUUUUUAAUUUGUCUGAUGUUUAGACUUUCUGCUGAUGUUGUCAUUGUAUACCUUGUCUUCUUUGUGCCCCUGCUGCAACACUAAUUUCUCUUCACGGGACAAUAAAGACAUUCUGAUUCUGAUGCUGCCAUUUCUAGUAAUAUCAUCUUUUUUUUCUUUUUUUUUUGCACUAAAGCCAGACAUUUAAGUCACUUUUAAAACCCAGUGCUUAUCAGAUUUUUAAAAUCUAACUGCAGCAAAAAAAAUAAAAAAAAUAAAAAAAAAUAUAUAUAUAUAGCAAUUUUCUGAAUAAUUACACUUAACAUUUCUUUGUGUUUUCUGAACUUUCUUGCAGGUUUUUAAUGCAAUGAUUUUUUUAUAUGUGAUACUGGAAACAUUUUAACCUGCUUAUCUGCUUAAGAGCAGACGCACAGAGCUUCAAAUGAUGAUUAAAAAAAAUAUUUCUUAGAAAGAGACAUUUAUUGUGUUGUAUUAAAUCCUUAACAGCUGGAUGUUUUUUAUGUACGAUUAAAGAUGUGACUGUUAACUAAAAGGGACCCAUAUAUGUUUGAAAACUUUGUGUGGGUGUUUAUGGAGAAGAUGUAUUAAAGAAAUCAAAAGAGAAAAUCUGUCUUAUUUUUGCAGUUAUUUUAUUGCUAUUUUGUUUUUGAAAUGUUAAGACUUAUAGUUUGAGGACUUUGUUUUGCAGAGAUGUAAAAGCUCAGAUGUAUGUCUGCUUCUGACAGAGUACUUGGGACAACAUUUAGUUUGAAAUAAAAACAGACUUGAUGCUGAAAAUA